AUGGUAUCCAUGACUGUCAGAGAUGCUUUAUAAAGUGCUAUGGCUGAUGAAAUUGCCCGUGAUCCUCAAGUUUUCUUAAUGGGUGAAGAAGUCGCUAAUUAUCACGGUGCCUAUAAAGUAUCAAAAGGUUUGCUUGAAAAAUUCGGUCCCGACAGAAUUGUAGAUACUCCUAUUUCUGAAAUAGGUUUUGCUGGUAUUGGUGUAGGUGCCGCUAUGUAUGGUUUAAAGCCAAUUAUUGAAUUUAUGACUAUGAAUUUCGCUAUGCAAGCUAUUGAUCAUAUUAUUAAUAGCGCUGCAAAGUUAAGAUACAUGAGUAAUGGUGACUUACAUACCUAAAUUGUUUUCAGAGGUCUUAAUGGACCCGCUGCUGCAGUAGCAGCCCAGCACUCUUAAUGCUUCGCUGCUUGGUAUUCUUCAUGCCCUGGCUUAAUAGUUAUUGCUCCUUAUGACGUAGAAGAUGCAAGAGGUUUAUUAAAGGCUGCUAUCAGAGAUCCUAAUCCAGUUGUUUUCUUAGAAAAUGAAAUUAUGUAUGGUAAAACAUUCACUGUCCCAGAAAGUGUAACUAAAGAAGAUUUUGUUCUCCCUAUUGGAAAGGCUAAGAUCAUGAGAGAAGGUACUGACGUCACUUUAGUUUCUUUUUCAAAGCCUGUUGGUAUGUGUCUUGAAGCUGCCGAAGAAUUGUAAAAGCAAGGAAUAAGUGCUGAAGUUAUCAAUUUGAGAACUAUCAGACCUCUUGACAGAUAAACUAUUAUAAACUCCAUCAAAAAGACUCACAGAAUAGUAACUGUUGAAGAAGGAUGGCCUCAAAAUGGUAUCGGUGCAGAAAUCUCUGCCAUGAUUUUCGAAUCUAGUGCCUUCAACUAUAUAGAUGCUCCUUUAGAAAGAGUUUGUGGUUUAGAUAUUCCUCUUGCCUACGCUCCAAACUUAGAAGCAAUGAGUCUUCCCAGCGUUGCCCAUAUUGUCAAUGCUGCUAAGAAGACAUUAGUUGGUCAUAAAUGA